AUUGAUAUUUAUGAAUAUGUUGUUGAACUGAAAGCAGCAAAACCUACUAGGAUUUGUGCAAAGUGUAUAUUGAAAUUUACAAGCGUAGUGAUGAUGAGUGAAGUUAAAUUAAUUCAGGGAUUCCAGUGAUGGCAAAUAUUGGAACAAUUGAUGUAAGGGAUUUAAUACUUGUCUUUGAAAGACAGAUUAGCAAUAGUAAAUCAGAUGAAGAUUCUUCAUCUUUCGAAUUCCACGACAGUGGAUCAAACAAUUCGUUUUUUGAUGUCAGCCACCUUAAUGUUUCGGUAUCAAAACUGAAAGAUAUUUUCGAGAGCAAAUCCAAAGCGAGGAAUAAAGAAAACAUGAAUUCGAAAAAGCGAAGAAAUGACGGAAUGGCACCCCGUCGAAAAAAACCACAUUUGUCCACAAACACAAUAUUCGAUCGUCCCAUAGCAAACUCAACGUUGUUACUUGAUGUAAUUAGCAGUGUAGAGUUAUCAACCGAUGCCAUUAAUGAUGAUCUCAAGCCUCAGAGUAAAUCGUUCGAACAGAAAAAGUCGGCAAACUGUCCGGCGAAGAUUAGCGAGGAAAACAGUCCAAUAAAUAUUGAGUUAAUAGAAGAUGCGAACAGAAAAAACUCGAAACUUUACCAAGGAGAAUACAUAGAUUUAUCGGCCAAUAUCUUUCAUGAUGUGAGUAAACCUGAUGAUAUCAAGUUCCAAAAGCAGAAGUCACUGAAACGCCCCAUGAAAAUAAAUCAGCAAAAUGCUGCUCCGCAAAAUACUGACCGAAUUAAAAAUUUGAACGAAAGAAGGAAGGAGGAGCGUAAUCAAGAAAAAUUCAAAAAUAUAUCAAUCGACUCCAUUUGCGAUGUUAGAAAGCCGGAAAUUGUCAAACUUCAAAGAAACAAACCAAUAAAUCGACCGCUAAAAAUCAGGAAAAAAUACCUCGAAGUUGAUGCCAAAAGCAUUGACAUUAAAAAUGUGAUGAAAACAACCCAACCAAGAAACCAAGAACAACAUUCAGCGAACAUUCGAAAACCCCCCAGAAAAGCCAAAGAGAUUGAUAAAGAGUUAAGUAAAGACGGAAUUGGAUACAAGGAUAAGCAGUUCGAACAACUGCAUCAACAGCUACAUGAAGAUAAGGUUGAAAAUGUGGAUGAGCAAUUUGCUGCCCUUUCUCAGGAAUUAUGCACAGAUGAAAUUCAAUCUGCAGAAGAAGUUUUUCGCAUAAUUCUACAGGAAAACGGAGAAAGUUGAAAAGAAAACUAUGUUUUAAUUGGACUAAGCUCUGGUUUGGCGGGUUUUGAUGAUAUGCUAGUAUUAUUAGGUGGUUUUCAUUCCUUAUGCCAUUAUUCUUAUUUUUAAUAUUAUUUUUACGUUCUAUUUGUAUACAUUAUCUAACUAACUUUAAACUUGAUGUAUAUGCCAACCAAUUAAAUUUAUAUAUUUAC